AUGCACAAAUAUGAAAUAUUUACUCUGCCAACUUUCCAGAUCAUCUUUGUACUGCUGCUGCUCUGCUUCCUCUUCAAAGAGGCGCACAACAUCUACAAGAAGCGAGCAGCCUACUUCCAGAACAUCUGGUCCUACUCCUCGCUUGUCAUUGUCUUCUUGUGUCUGGGAAGCGUGAGCGCCUUCUCCUAUGCAUGUCUGCAAGCCAACAAGUUGGCCACUUCCUUCGCAGAAUCCGAGGGGAAUGCUUAUGUCAACUUUCAGGCGAUCUCAUUUUGGCACGAGAGCCUCACUUACCUGAACGCCUUCAUAACUUUUGUCUCGAUCUUGCAUGUGCUCCACCUUCUUCGGUUCAGUCCGCAAAUCGCACUAUUCGGCAUUGUGCAACGGCACGCUUCACAAGAUAUGAAAUACUUCUUCAUCAUGUUCACGAUGCUCUACCUGGCCUUUGUGACCGCGUUCUACUUGCUCUUCAUGGAUGUACUUGCCGAAUUCCGCACCUUCAUGGGUUCGGCUGAAGAGUGCCUGCAGAUCCUGCUGGGGGUGUUCAACUUUUCCGGCAUUUAUGAAAGCGACCUGGUUCUAGGACCAUUCUUGUUCACCCUAUUUUCUGUGCUCGUUGUCUUCAUCCUCAUCAGCAUGAUGAUCGCCAUCAUGGACGAGAGCUUCGGAGUCGCCCGCGAACUCUCCCAAUCGCAGGGCAGCAGCGACAACGACAUGAUCCACUUCAUGUUGAGCGAAUUCCUCACCUGGACCGGCUUGAUCAACACCCCUUUCGGCGAUUGGAUGGCCGGGCGUGGUACCUCCGUCGAGACGACAGCGCUUGUUGCCUCAAGCGGCCGACUUGUAUCCCAGGUCUACCAGGACCGCACAGCUCGUCAACUGGAAGAGCAGAUAUCCAGUCUCAACGAGACCAUGGACCAAUUUCUCACCUUCGUGAAGCGAACUCAGCUGGUCACCAACGAAAAGGUGCUCAGCGAGCCGCUUACUUUGACUUCGAUGGAUCAUUCAAAGCCGGUCGCUUCGGCCUCCACUACGCCAACCAGAGUCGAGCAGGAGCAUUUGGGUCUCAGAAAAAGAGUGAACAAUUUCUUCUCCAAACCAGCAAACUGA